UGCAGGACGAAGGUUGCUCACUGUGUAUCCCUCUUAUUCGUGGUCGUUCUUGUGAGUAUAGUCGCUAGUCCAUAGUUCAUGUCGGCAUGCAUUUUGCGACCGGGAGUGCAAGAUGUAGUGACUUACCUCGCCCUUCCGUUCGUUCCUUGGAUUUAACCCCGUGGUUGAAUCACCGUGUUUUGGUCCGGACUAGCACAGGAGCCUACCAGCGUGGGACCAUCUCUUAUGUGAACCACAACACCCCACUAAUCACUGUUCUUCUGGAUCACUGUGAAGUACAUGUACACAUUGACCUAUCCCACACUACAUCUGAACCUUACAUUAUCGAUGACGCGAUUCCACAUUCAAACCAACUGAGAGGUGGGACCCGCGUUUGUUAUCGUGAUGCUUUACACGAUAGACAUUAUCUCACUGGACGAAUUGGCCUUCUUAAAGGGCCAACAGAGGAUUUGCAUCGAGAACAUCAGCAGAGGUUGUACCCGGUGGAGUCUGAUUUAAACUCUUCUGUGAUGCUACUUUCACGUGCCCAUCUCCGGCUACUGUUAGCUCCAUGGCAAGAUGAGUUAGAUGAGCUGAAUACACCCACAGAACAUCUACUGACAUCCGUGACGGGAUCUAAUGCCAACGACGGAUCGAUCACUUCGAGUUCGGGACCGGUAUUUCCACUUGAGCUAUCUCCGUCUUCAUCCAGCCGAAAAAGGAAGAUUCAUGAAACCAUAUGCCACACCUCUACAACGGACCAUAUUCCACCAGUGAGCACGCAUGCACUUUCAAAUAGAUUGCAUGGGUUAAUGCAUUCUAUUGGGAUCGUGCCUUCACCACCAAUGGCGGUCCCCUCUUCGCUGGCUUCUGUAAGUAUCGAGCACCCACUGUCAACGGAACAUGCGACAACUUGUUCCUUGUCCGAAGACGCACAUUCCAUUGCAUCUCUUCAUCCUACUUUUCUACAACUUUCACAUCCUGCUGGUUAUACUGCGAUGCACUCGCCCACGUCAUCCUAUAGUUACUUUCGGCCUCCGCGGAUCAGUUCUCCUCAAAGUAACAUCACAUCGGCUAACAAGGAAUACACCAAGGUUACAGGUUCGUUCUCCCUGUCUUCCUCAUGUUGCCGAAGCGAGACUUCUCUUACCGCUAUCCUAUCUUCAGGAGAAGCUAAGUGGAGCAAUCCAAACAUAUUGAGUCUGACCCAUCCUUCCUUGGCCUCCCAACACCGUUUUCGAAAAGGUGAUAUCGUCAAGACCCCCAGUGGGGUUAGGAAGAAGUUCAACGGAAAGCAGUGGCGUCGUCUGUGCAGUCGGGAAGGCUGCGCCAAGGAAUCACAGCGCCGCGGCUUUUGCUCACGGCACUUGUCCAUGAAGGGGAAGGAAGUCAGGGCUCUGAGUUGUGUUGCCGCUGUCACUGCAUUCACAUCCUCCGUGGACUCUCAUCAAAACGCCCCUGGAAAUAUCACUUCUUUCGGCCAUUUUCAGUCCUUAUCAUCAUCAUCAUCAGGACCUCGACAAUUUCCUACCUGUGUAAAUUCACCUGGUGCGACUCCUUUUGUUCCCUCGCCAUCGGCAGUUCUGUCGCCGCCAUCUGCAGCUUCCAAAUCGCGGCUUCUUACGUUAGGCACCUCGAUUCCGUCUGUAUCCACUUUUACUUCUGCACUCAAUUUCCCCAAUUGGGUUCCACAACGAGUGCCAUAUAGUAGUCCAAUUACUUCCAUUUCAACACCAUUGGCUCUCCUACCUGUCUUGGUUGAUGUUGGUCACUCUUCAAGAGAGGAACGCGCCCAAUCUGCAGGCCAAGAUUUUGGCGAAGACGGUGGUUCCAACGACUACGGGCAAGGUGGCCCCGGUAAACUGGAUUCGGAGAACCAUGAAGCACACUGGUCUCAAAGGUUCCAUCCUUCUGAAAACUCUGGUGACGACAACGAUCCAGUGCAAAAUGACCAUGUACCACAGAAUGAGAUGUAUUACGGGGCACGCUUGACAGAUAAGGGAUACACUACGCAGCAUGUCACUCCCUUGAAUCUUGGUGCAACCACAAAAGAAGCUGCAUAUGGUGGGAAUAACCAAAAGUCAUGUGUUGAACCAUCUCUAGGAUACGCCACUGCCAAAUCGACUGCACACUUCCAGCGUUAUCUCAACUGGAUAUGGUCCACCGAGAAUUUACGGAAAAUAACUUAUGGAGACCAAAAGGGACGUCUGUUUACCAUCAGAAAUAGCUAUAACUACCGCAACAAAGUGUCGCAGCUCGCUACCAGUGCAAGGGAUGCCAUCAGUGCGCACGUACUGAGGCACCUUUCGACUGUUCCAUGCUUCCCAGAUCAGUUCAGUAGUGAAUAUUUAGCUUCUGGGCAACUGGCAGAUGGCACCAACAUUUCAGGUUCGGAUAAGGCUAUGUGGAAACAAAUCAAAAACCCGCCAUCAGUCUCUGUAUUGGAAUUAUUGGCCCGUGCUUUUGAAUUCCUGGAUGCACUAGAAUCACCCCAGUCGGGACGUAAUGUCAACUUUUCAGUACCUGAGGCCGUCUCAGAAGCGGAGGAGAACCCUUUCCCACAAAGCGCAACAGUCCACGUAAAUUGUCAGCGACGUCGCUUGUUACGUUACCCCACACGGAGGGUUCUGCAACUGAAGAUUCGCAAAGCAUGGCAGCGUGUUAUGCAGUCAAACGACCGACAUUUCCGGCCGGAAUUAGCGUGCCGUCACGAUCUUCUAUCCAGGUGUACUAAUCUGAUCGAACCGGGGCAACUCAUGCAAUGUAGCUAGCGUUGCUCAUCAUUUAUUCAUCACAUAAUUCUAUCCUUCAUUUUAUCGCAAUACUGCCAUUCCUGCAUGGUUGGUCACCAUAUUGGACUACCAUCAAAGUGUCCACUAUUGGACUUUUCGUUUGGUCAGCACACAGCACAUUCUAAACAAUCAAACCCGUGCAAUAUACGUUUGUGUCAAUUUACUAUCUACCUUUCCGUGUUCCACCUGUACUCCUGUGUUUAUAUAUCACGUGGGUAACCCGCUAUCUCCUAUUUUUCUUGAUCACUUAUCACUCGGCGAUGAACCCCGCAUAAUUUUUGGUCUUAAUUCAUCUUCGCACAUUAGUUAUCGUCAUUAC